UCAUCAAAUCGGGGUCCGCACCACUUCUUCUACCUUCAAUUGCCAGCUAACGCAACCGAUUUAUACCGCGGUCUAGUUCGACUAGCGGAGUUACACUAUAAUCUGGCCAGUACGCUCGUCCAAGACAUCCCCAUGAAGGAGGAGGCGAACACCAGUUCCAGCAGUGCCAUGUACGGUGUUGAGCUAUUGCAUCGUGCCGAAGCUCAUGAUCUACUGCGACUCGUUGGUUUGGCAGAUCAGUUGACUAUUCGCACCGAGGUCGGCGCAAAUGACGAUAUAAACGCGCUUCCCACCUUGCAACGUCCAAAUUCUGGCUUCUCCAGGACAUUAAGUAUCAAAUGGGUUACUCCCAAGUCAUCCGAUUCAGCAUAUCUGCGCUACGCCAGUGCCGCAUAUCGAGUUACUCUGGCCGACGUUGGCAAUCGGGCUUCGGUAUGUCUGGCUCAGUUCGUGCUUGGGGGUCGGUCGGUUAUAUUGGCCCACAGGUUUCCAAUCGCGUUACCUCCUCUUCCGUCUGGCUCUGAGCCUCCUCCAAUAUCCGGUAACGAGGCCCUGUUGCUUACUUGUCAUGGAUCGGUGAUGUAUAUACACACCUUGGCCACUGUGUGUCCAUUGGCUCAUCCACCUCUAAAGCCACUGGUCAGCUGUCCCAAUUCUGCCAACCUGCGCGUUCAGGCUUUCAUCAAUCAGCUUAUUAGACCGUCUCGCUUAGCCCCAGCUUCAGCCCAUCAGAAUUUCACCGUUGCACCGAGGGAACGAGCUCAACAGCAUUUGGAGCGCUCCACUCGAUAUUGGCCAUUGUUGGGAUCAGAAACCUUCCUCGGAACACACAAACUUUCAGCGCCCUUGUUUGAACAUCUUCCAAAGGAGUUUCUGGAACCAAACGAGGUUAUGGCAUGCAAAGCUGCUGUGGAUGGACUAGUGUAUUCCGUCAAAAAUAGUUUAUCACUGACAGAUACGAGGAAGAGUGGUGCAAAGCGUGCCUCCGCGCCACUCCCUGUGGCUCCUUCGGUUCAGGCGGAAGCGAUCGCUUUAGCACUCGAACUGGACCACAUGCUGGCGGUGUACGCAGACGUUUCUAGCGAACAUCGUGAAAUUCACCAACACUGGAAAUCCUUAAUCGGCUCAUCAUCGGGUGUGUUCAAUGGGAAUUGCAUAGCUCCAGAAAAUUUUGGCUCCCUUGAGCUGGCCGAUAUGCUUUCACUGGCCCGAACACUGGCUAUUUCUUCGGCCACACAGCUGUCGCACAAUCCCGUCACCGAUGCCCUCGUCAAAAACGUUCGGUCUCUUAAACUUCUUUGCAAAUCGCUAGCUGGGAGCCGGCGGCCGAGUUCGUCCGACGAAAAGUAUUAG